CCAUCUCCAGCGAUAGGUGAAGAAAAUGGCGAUAACAGUAAAAAGAUGGCAGAUGGCAGCAGAUGAGACAAGGCUUCGGCCCUGGGCCCAAUACUAGAAGUGGCUCCGGAGAAGUUAGAAAGCACUCCAGCCAUUCUUCGUCAGGUUCCACCACCGCUCGUAGAAUUAGUUCGUACUUUGCUUCUCUGGUUAACUUGUGAGGAACAUGCAAUCUCUGGGUUGGAAGUAGCGGUUGUCUCCCCUUUAGGUUUCUUCUGUCCAGUCGGAUGUUUGCUCGUGGCUCUGCUACCAAAGUGUUUGUUGGAGGGCUGUCGUACGACAGGAAUGAGACUGUCCUGAGGGAUGCUUUCCAGCAGUUUGGUGAUAUUAUAGAAGCUACGGUUAUAUGUGAUCAUGUAAGCGGAAAAUCAAAAGAUUAUGGGUUCGUACGUUUCAAUUCUGAAACUGCAGCUGCAGAAGCUAUGGAGGAAAUGGAUGGUCGAGUAAGCAGUGUGGUCUUACUACCCAAAAUCUGCAUAUGCAUUCAAAUUUGUUAUGGGUUCGUAUUUUUUGGUUGCGUACCCAAAACUUUUGUGUUGCCUGUUAUCAAUGUACUUUGGUAGUAAGCUGCCAGCGGUUUGCUGGUUCCUUGGCUAUCGAUGCGCUUUGAUAGUAAGGAAGCUGCCACUGUUUUGCAAGUUCUAUUGAAUUCUUGACA